AUGGUUGAUUGGAAGAAUACAGAACUUAAUACAUUAAUGGAAGAAGAUAAUAUAAAAAAAGAAAAUGUUUUAUUAAAUGAAUUUUAUGAAGAAAAAGAAGGAAGAUUAAGAAUUAAAGAAGAUUAUAUUAGAAAUGCAAUUGAUGAUAUGAAAAUGAUGUAUCUAUCAUAUGUCCCUUUAUUAUACUCUCCAUCUAUGAUUGCAUUAGCUAUUCAUUAUCAUCAACUUCAAAAACAAGAUGAUUUAGAAAAUGAGUUUGAGAGAUAUGUUCAAUAUUUGAGAGAUGAAAAUGAUAUUGAUAUUGCUCUUGGUAGUUUAGAUUCAAUCAUUUCACUAUCUCAAGAUUAUGAAGAUGUACAAAACUCAGUUGUUAAAUUAGUUGUAGAGAAAUUAAAUACUAUUAUUAAAAUAACUUGUGCUGCAUGUUGUUCUGUUGAUUUAAUGCCAUUCUUAAAUAAAGCAAAUGGUGAAUUAUCAAUCAUGGAAAGUAGUGAUGUUAAAUGGCAUUAUACUGAUGACAAAUCAUAUCAAAUUUGGUUACCAUUAGGUAAAAUACAACCAACAAAAGUAAGACCAAAUUCAUUUCAAUUAUCACCAUUUCUUUAUUUUCAACCUGAUGUUUUUGUAUUAGCAUUUGAUAUAUCAAAUAUAAAAAAUUUUGAAGAAUUUAAAAAUUUUGAAGAAUGGAAAAAUAUUAGUCAUUAUCUUGUAUGUAGAAAGAUGAUUGUUAUUGCAAUGAAUAGUGAAUUACCUCAUGCUAUUUCAAAUGAAGAAAUUAAAUCAGUAUUACGUAUAAUUUCACAAGAUAAAAUAAAAGUACAAUACCUCGAAUGGAACACAAAAACUUCUCAAAUAAAUGACUUUAUUUCAUUAGUUAAUCAAAUGAUUCAAAAGAAAUAA